AUGGAUCCCGCCAGACCCGUGGUAUUUUCCCACAUCGUCGCACUGGAAUCUAUCUGUACCAGAACCGUUCAAAGACUUGGCAAUCCAGUCGUCGUAAAAAUCGGGACCGAUCAGUAUCCCACCAGGAAAUACUCAGAACCACGCGGAGAUUCUGUGUACACCAUCAAAUUCUAUCUACCGAUCUGGUUUCAUAACCCAAAACAAUGA